AUGGCCACCGAAAAGAGAGACAUCACCGCCCUCAUCCGUCAGUCGCCCCCCAUCGACGUGAGCAAGCCCUAUGACCCGGCCACUCUCAAGGGCAAGACCAUCCUCAUCACGGGCGGCGCCAAUGGCCUCGGAGCUCACAUGGUCCGUGAAUGGGCCUCGCACGGCGCUCACGUCGUCAUUGGCGAUGUCGCUGAUGCUGCCGGUGAGGACCUCGUCGCCGCUCUGAGGACCUCAUACCCCGACUCGACCUUUGCCUUUCAGCACUGCGAUGUCACCGACUGGGAAUCGCAGGUCAGCCUCUUCGAGACGGCCGUCCGUGUGAGCCCCCAUGGUGGCAUCGAUGUCGUCGUCCCCAACGCCGGCAUCAUCCUCCCCGGUCACUCGAUGAAGUUUGAGGCUCCGGUCCUUAAGGACGGCCGAAUUCCCAAGCCCAACAUGGCUACCUUUGAUGUCAACAUUGUAGGGGCCACCUACACUACUCACCUCGCCUUCUACUGGCUUCCCAAGAACGAGGUGUCCGAGGGCCGUGACCGCUGCCUCCUCCUCAUCGGCUCCCUUGCGUCUCUGUGCCCCUUCCCGGGCCAAUGCUACUACACCAUGAGCAAGCAUGCGAUCCUCGGCCUGUUCCGCACUCUGCGCGCUACUUCCUGGCGACAGGGCAUCCGCGUCAACAUGAUCGCCCCCUACUACACCUCCAAGUCCAACAUGCUCAAGCCCGAGGUUGAAGCCAUGUUCCUCUCAGGCACGGCAGGCGGCGCAGAGAUUGAGGAUGUCAUCGACGCUGCCACCCGGCUCGUCGCCGACGAGGCUGUCAAGGGCCGCGCCCUCUGUGUUGGGCCCAAGCUUCGCACCGUCGACGUCAAGGUUGUCGAGGACGAGGACGAGCUCAUGGUUGUUGGUGAGAUUGAGGGUGGCGGCAAGGGGAGGGCCGUGUGGGAGUGCUAUGCUGAGGACUAUUCCAACGCCGACGCCUUUGUCAAGCGCUUCGUGCUGCUGCUCAACGCGGCUGAGAAGGUCAAGGGGUGGUUCGGAGUACUGAGUGACAUUUGGGGCAUCUUCCGACGCAAGUGA